AUGGAGAGGAUUUCUCGGUUUUACUGCUUCAUCUCCGCUCCUAUUUAUACUACCCACUCUCUUGCUUCUUAUGGUUGCAUGUCCAUUUCUUGUUGGUGUGGUGGAAGGGAUGAAGAUGAUGAAGCGGCCAUUGUGUGUUUGUCUUCUUCUUGUGUGCUAAAGCCCACAAAAUGGAUAAAGUGGUGGGCUGAUCCAUGUCUUGUGGGGCCUCUGCUGAUUGCGAUGGCUUUAAAUGGGGCCCACCAAAAGGCUGUUUUGGAUAUCAAAUCCACAGAAAUCCCAGAAGAAAAGUAA